AGACCGAAAUUCCUCGAUGCCCAUGAAAGAACAUGACAAAGAGGCAGAUCUUAACGUGUUUACGUAAUUUAUUAUCAAGAGAUGUUUGUCAUGCUGUGGAAAGAAAAUAUCUUGCAGCAAAUGCUAGUUUACUGCAGACCAACUGUGUUAAGAACUAUCACCAGACAACGCCAUUGAUGUUCUAUAAUCGAUUUAAAUCCCGAAAAGAAGUGAAAAAGAAAAGUAAGGAAGAAGAGGAACAGGAUAGGGAAAUAGACGCCAAACUCGUGGAGGAGAAAGUGAAAGAACUUGAUGUAGUAACAAAGAUCCCGUACAAAAUUAAUGUGGCCUCUUUUGAGAGCAAAACAGAUAGGUUUGUGAACAGAAUUUUUAAACAAGUGGAACAAAGUGGUGAAAAAACCCAGGAAACAUUCAACACCGCUGUUAAGAUUUACAAACUGAAUGCUGGGCUGUAUAUGAGAGGGCAUAUAGAGUUUGGAGAAGUAGCUCUGAGUAAACUUGAGGAAUAUGAACUGCAGUAUAAUCUAGAAGUUUACAAAAUGAUAUUCAGCAUAUUUCCAGAGGGAAAGUAUCUACCCACAUCUAAGAUUGCUGCAGAAUUUACACCAUUCCCACGACAACAGGAUGCUGCACUGCAGAUAUUAACUAAAAUGUUUGAUAAUGGAGUUAUACCAGAUGAAGAAUUUGGCAGAAUGAUAAUAUCUAGAUUUUCCCAAAGAUCCAAAGUCUUUACAAGAUACCUGAGGAUGUUGUAUUGGAUGCCAAAGUUUAAGUAUAUGAACCCCUGGCCAAUUCCCAGACCUCCACCAAAGGACCCCAUUCAGCUCGCUGUCUUGGCUCUCAAGAGAAUGAGUUUUGAUUUGGAAACAAAGAUAACAGUUGUGAAUGAUUCAAAAGAAAGUGAGAUCUCAGCAACAAGGAGUGGUAAGUUUAUAGCCAGUGCACAGAGUCCUAAACAGAGGGAACUUCUCUCCAGACAUCCCUCAUCUAAACCCAUCAUAGUGGAGGGGGAACAUUAUGUCUAUCUCCGGAAAGUUUGUCAGAAAGUGUUUUUCCUUAAAACGGACCCAGAGGAAGAAAUAACAGGAGAGGACCCUGACUAUUAUAAAGCCCUCAAGGAGGAGGAUGUAGAAGACAUGUUCAACUUCACAACCCCUCUGUCUGGUGAGGAACAGACAGCUCUCGUCCCCAAGAAGUCAGUCCAUGAGCAGGAGGAUGGGACAGUGUACGCUAUGUGUAUAACAAGUGACUCAAGUAAGGAAUCCCUACAGGACUGGAUUCAGUUCCUACAAACCACAAACUCAGCACUGGAACAUAUACCUGUUUUAUUUAGGAUUAAAGAUGCAGACUCUUUACUGAAAGAAACUAUUAGACAGGAAGAAGAAGAGGAAUUAUGAGAUUAGAUAUUUUAGGGAAAAUAAAAAAAAUAAUCAUUA